CGAAAAUGUGGAAGCUAGAAGGUGACUCCGGAUCUUAAAAGGUCCCACAACACAGGAACCCGUCUGAAGCUCGGGCUCCCACCCCAAUUUCUGUAUUGUGCUGAAAACAUCAUCGCCCUGAGAGAUGUUCCCUCUCAACCUGGCCCCAGGAGUGCCCACUGUGACAGUAAAUGAGAGGAGAGAAGUGAUCAGGGAGCCCUCCCAGCUCCAGACUCUGAGCGGUGAUCGGAGUCCCCCCAGGAAGCCCCGCAGAGCCCUCCCCACCACUGAGCUGCAGGAUCCAGGGAACGAAGAACAGCAGGACAUCAGUGAGCAGAGAAGCAAUGUGCGGUGGUCUCCUUUAUCUGCAGGGGACAUGUUCCACACAGGGAUGCCUGAAACCAUAGUACUAAACCUUACAGGUACUAUGUUUUUUCCUAUACAUACCUACCAAUGACAAAGUUUAAUUUGUUAAGUUAGAGUUAAAUUUUUAAUUAUAAACUUGUAAAAGUUAACAGUAAUUAAUAAUAACAUAACAAAAUACAGUAAUAAAAGUUAUGUGAAUGUAGUUUUUGUCUCUCUCAAAAUAUCUUAUUCCUGUGUGGCACUUGCCCUCCUCGCGAUGGUGUGAGAUGAUCAAAUGCCUACACGAGGAGUGAAGGAGGCGGGCGAUGCAGGCGCGGUGGCGUCCGUGAGGCUACUCCUGGCCUUCCGACGAUCCGUCAGAAGGAAGGCCGUCUACUUCCGGGCUGCAGUGGACCGCAGGGGGACACAGCUGUGGGCACUUGAGAGUCAUCGGUGGACGGAGGGACGGAACAGCAAAAGUCCCUGCGCUCUGGGCUCGCAUUCUCACAGAGGACAGAAACAACGAAUCAUCGAGACAACUGACAAUAGCAUUUGUCCUACGCCAGGACGCGCGACACGAGGGGUGAGCCAUGGACCCCGGGAACUGGAGCCAGGUGAUGGAGUUCAUCAUCUUGGGCUUUCCCCAUCUUCAGGGGGUCCAGGCUUACCUCUUUGUCCUGCUGCUUCUAACCUACGUCACCACCGUCCUGGGAAACCUGCUGAUAUUCCUGGUGGUGCGCCUGGACUCCCGGCUCCACAAGCCUAUGUACCACUUGGUCAGCGCACUGUCCCUGCUGGAGCUCGGCUACACGGCUGCCACCAUCCCCAAGAUGCUGUCGGACCUGCUCAGGGAGGAGAAGACCAUUUCUUUCUCCGGAUGCCUCCUGCAGAUCUACUUCUUUCACUCCCUUGGGGCUGCCGAGUGUUAUCUCCUCACAGCUAUGGCUUACGACAGGUACUUAGCCAUCUGCCGGCCCCUGCACUAUCCCACCCUCAUGACCCCAGCGCUCUGUGCCAAGAUUGCUAUGGGCUGUUGGUUGGGAGGCCUGGCUGGGCCAGUGGCGGAAAUUUCCUUAGUGUCCCGGCUCCCCUUCUGUGGCCCCAAUCGCAUUCAGCACAUCUUUUGUGAUUUCCCUCCCGUCCUGAGCUUGGCUUGUACGGACACGUCUAUCAACGUCCUAGUGGACUUCGUCAUCAACUCCUGCAAGAUCCUGGCCACCUUCCUGCUGAUUCUCAGCUCCUACGUGCAGAUUAUCCGCACCGUGCUCAGGAUCCCUUCGGCAGCGGGCAAGAGGAAGGCCUUUUCCACUUGUGCCUCCCACCUGACCGUGGUUCUCAUCUUCUAUGGAAGCAUCCUGUUCAUGUACGUGCGGCUGAGGGAGAGCUACUCGCUGGACUACGACCGCGCCCUGGCCGUGAUCUACUCGGUGCUCACGCCCUUCCUCAACCCCUUCAUCUACAGCUUUCGCAACAAGGAUAUUAAGGAGGCCGUGAGGAGGCGGUUCACGCGGUCAGGGAUCCUGCGGUGAAGGUGGGGAGGACAGGUCAAGGGGGAGGUGGACGUAUGGUGACCCUGGGGGUCAUCGGUCACCACGGAUGAGGAAUCAAGCAUCGAGAGCUUUUCUGCGCAGGAUGCAGAGCCGGGCCAAGAGCUGCCCAGCUCUCGGUGCCCACGCAAACACGCUGUCUGCGAGAGCCACACGGGGACACGGCGUAGCGUGGUGAUUUUCAAAUCUCAGAUAUUUGUACAGCACAUACGGGACUUUUGUCAGAUCCGUGCCUUACCUACUGUAAAUACAUACACACACAUAGAGUAAAUCCAGUGUGUAUUUAAUACAAAUGCAC